GUUUGUCUUUGAUUGCACAGUAACUCAAGUGCUAUAAAUACUGACUGUGUAUUUAGCAACGGCCACUAGACAGAGGUAGCAGAUAACAUUCCCACAGCAUAAUUACGUGCAGGCUCAUUCAUAACUAAUCUAUCAAAAUGAGGGAAAUCGUCCACUUACAAGCUGGCCAGUGUGGAAACCAAAUCGGAGCUAAAUUUUGGGAAGUCAUCUCAGAUGAGCAUGGUAUCGACCCAACAGGAACUUAUCAUGGCGACUCCGAUCUCCAGUUAGAGAGAAUCAAUGUAUACUACAAUGAAGCCACAGGAGGCAAAUAUGUACCACGUGCAGUCCUCGUCGAUCUUGAGCCCGGAACUAUGGAUUCCGUCCGCUCUGGUCCAUUCGGACAGAUCUUCAGACCUGACAACUUUGUCUUUGGACAGAGUGGAGCUGGUAACAACUGGGCCAAGGGUCACUACACAGAGGGCGCUGAGUUGGUAGACUCCGUUCUUGAUGUUGUCCGCAAGGAGGCUGAGAGCUGUGAUUGUCUCCAGGGAUUCCAGCUGACUCACUCACUAGGUGGCGGCACUGGAUCUGGAAUGGGAACACUCCUCAUCUCAAAGAUCCGUGAGGAAUACCCAGACAGAAUCAUGAACACAUUCUCAGUCGUACCAUCCCCAAAGGUAUCCGACACUGUAGUCGAGCCAUACAAUGCCACACUUUCCGUACAUCAGCUGGUUGAGAACACAGAUGAGACCUACUGUAUUGACAAUGAAGCACUUUAUGAUAUCUGCUUCCGUACUCUCAAACUCACUACCCCCACAUACGGAGACUUGAACCAUCUCGUCUCUGCCACCAUGUCUGGUGUCACCACUUGCCUACGAUUCCCUGGUCAGUUGAAUGCUGAUCUCCGUAAAUUGGCUGUCAACAUGGUACCAUUCCCCCGUCUGCAUUUCUUCAUGCCUGGGUUCGCACCACUCACAUCUCGUGGCAGUCAGCAAUACCGUGCCCUUACUGUCCCAGAGUUGACCCAACAGAUGUUCGAUGCCAAGAAUAUGAUGGCUGCCUGUGACCCACGUCACGGACGUUACCUUACCGUUGCUGCCAUGUUCCGUGGACGUAUGUCCAUGAAGGAGGUUGACGAGCAGAUGUUGAAUGUGCAGAACAAGAACAGCAGCUACUUCGUUGAAUGGAUCCCCAACAACGUGAAGACAGCCGUCUGUGACAUUCCUCCACGUGGUCUCAAGAUGUCCGCCACAUUCAUUGGCAACAGCACCGCCAUCCAGGAGCUCUUCAAGCGUAUCUCCGAGCAGUUCACUGCUAUGUUCAGGCGUAAGGCUUUCUUGCAUUGGUACACUGGUGAGGGUAUGGACGAGAUGGAGUUCACUGAGGCCGAGUCCAACAUGAACGACUUGGUGUCUGAAUACCAACAGUACCAGGAUGCCACCGCUGAGGAGGAAGGUGAAUUUGAUGAGGAAGAAGAAGAGGAAGAAGCCUAAACACCUCACCACCACCAAACUUACAACCCCAACAAUGAACAAACUAACUAUUAUAGACAAUUCACAGGAUUACAUGUAGAAAACUCUAUGUGAUAACACUGAGAUAACACAACAUAGAUCUAUAAUAGCGUAGAUAUCACCUGGACUAUGAAUACACGGACAGUGAUUUACAGAAUUUCUUGAAAAUUCUCACUCAUUUUUUUAAAUUAUAGCUAUCUUUUUUAUUUUUUUACAUUAGAUUUGGCAUCACAUUUACUUUGCAAUAUUGAUUUAUAAAUGUUCAGAAUUUAUUUCGAUGAAAGAAAAUCUGCAUACGCUGAACUUUUGUAACAGUUUUGCCACUGUAUAGUUGAUGCAUGUACAUGUAAUGUUGAGUGUCAAUGCUUGGCAGAAAAUGGGGAUAUAAUACAAAUGUGAACCUUACUAGAUAUUGUUAUGUCUAGUGAAGCCUUCUGAACUAUAGAUUUACUCAGUUUAUUUCCUGCUUUUCGGUUGCUUGAUUAGUCUCACUUUCAAGAUGGUUGCCCAGCAACAUGGCAGCCAUCUUGAAUCUGUUAUUUUUGCUUCUUUUCUGACUGUUGUAACACAUUAUACCUUUUAUCUUGCUCAAAAAGCAAGAUGCUGGUUCUCAGUUCUUCCUAUGUACCAUGCAAGAAACCCUUACGAAACUGACAUCUAUAUA